AUGGGCCUGAGACGGGUUGCUUGCACGGUAGUGCUUCACGAGAGCACUUUGUCGAAAGAACAUGUGCUUUGCCCCUCCAGCCUACUGCCACCUGGUAGCGCCGCUUAUCUGGUCGCUGCCAAUACGAAAAGGCUCUGUGUCUUAGCUUGGGAGCCCUGGAACAAUCCCGACGAGGUGUCUGUCCAUGUCUCCCUCGCAAGGCAGCUAGGUUUCGACAACCGCAUGAAAGCAACCAUUGAAGUGGUAGAGGACAUCGAAGAGGCAACGGCAACGCAUGUGGAGCUUUUCUUCCGCGACCAGCACCUCUCGCGCAGUGACAUGUGGCAUUUGGAAUCUCAAAUCGAUGCUACUGUGCUCUAUCAAGGCCAGAUGUUGAGCUAUCUCGGCUCCCACGUCGCGAAUGUUGAGAACGUUUACAUUGCUGGGAAUCAGGUUGACUCGGCCUGCAUUCUUCAUCCACGUACGAAGCUCAUCUUCCGAAGCGGAAGUGCGAGAUACAUCAUACUUGUGCAAGUGUCCCGAGAAAUGCUUGAAGGUUGGAGCAACGGCGAUCUCCUGUACGAGGGUCUGCUGAACGGCUUCCUGCCCGACUUAUUUCGACGAUGGGAUAGCCUCAAGGUGCGCCACCAUGUCUCAGUCAUCUUGUUUGGAAGACGAUUGCUGCAGCCCGGACCCGCGGAGCCCAACGAAGGAGGUCGUCGUGAGGAGAGCGAGGACUUCUUUCAUGUCGCUGCAUCUGACGUGCCCAGCCAUGAGAGUAGCCAAAUCUUGCAGACACUCAAACGGAUCUUCAACGGAAAUGAGCUACCUCGAGACGUUUGCCUCGCUGCCAAAGGAAACAUGCUCCAAGCCAUCAACAUAGCGGCAGCAGAUUUUAUCCAGGUGAACUCGGAUCCACAUCUCGCAAGUACAGGUGCGGCCAUCAUCGCUGUCACGGCUGGAAGUGGCGUGUUCGAAACCGACCACGAGCUGCUCAGACGAACUACGCGGUUGCUGAUGGGUAACAGCGUGGGGGUUGAUUUGGUGUCAUUGGGUCCUAGGCCACUUCAUCCCGUGCCUCUCUUCCAAUACAGCAAGGAUGUAAUCGUAGAAUAUGCGCUGCCUCAUUGGGCAGAUAUAUCAUACUGGCGCUCCCAUACCAGCAACACUACGCAUUGGCUAUUGGACGAGACAGACGAGGAGACUAUAGGUGUGGUAUUGCCGUUUGUUGAGGUUGACAGACGUUCUUUUGAAGGGCAGCCUAGUGGCAUGUUCGAAGAUUUCGACAAGACCGUCUUUUCACACGCCGCCCGGAGUCCAACAUACCAGGCACCAACUCACUCUACGAGCCGUUUCUCGACAGUCGGAGCGAACAGUUCCGAUGUAUCAAGCAACACCGUUCGUCCCAUCGAUGCUGACGGUGGAAAACGUCUUGCCAAGCGAAGUGCUGAGCACACUGCCUCAGAGCGGCCUCAGAGCCCUCGCCCAGAGAGUCUUCUGAGCUUUCGCAAGUCCAAAAAGACAGCAACAGCGCCACAUCCUCUUCUACAGAUGGGACGAACCACAAGUGCAGGGACAAAAACCGCAGCAUUGAGUUCUGGCGUUGCAAGUGCGAACGUUUCCGUCCAGCAUACUCAGCAUGGACGAGAUGCUUCCAGCGGAUCCGAUCAGUCCAAUACGGAGAGCUCCAGCGGACUGGCCAAACAGAUCAGAGCAUCGCUGAGGAAGAAACCCUCACAGAUAAGUUUGGCACAUUCCCAUGCCCCUGAAGCCGUCUUGCCUAGCGAUCCCAUUGCAAUUCGAACUAGUCUGGAGCAGAGCGAGGAGGAUCCUGCAAGCCAAGUAGAGAAAGCUGUCAUGCAACAAUCGAGAUCAGCUGGACUCGACAACAUAGACUCACUCUCCGCUACUCCACGAGCGCGUGGGAAGCUGCCGGAGGGCAUGGUUCACCUGGAAGAGCAACACCACGCUGCCGUGUCGCCUUGGCUGACAUUACUCAACCCUUGCAAUCCACGAAAGGACAACAUGCGAGUCGCUAGUGAAUACCGACAAUGGCAGAAUGUGUUCCCGACAGCCGUCGGCCCCGACACGUUCAGGUACCAAACCCAUGCGCAAAACUCUGCCAUGUCUAAGACACUAGCUAACCCUUUUGCCCUUCUUUUUGCAGGUGGGAGUCGAUGGUACCAAACCCAUGGGGAAAACCCUACCAUGUCUGAGACACUGGCUAACCCUUUUACCCUUCUGUUUGCAGGUCACACCUGCCAUUCUGCCUUUACUUCGAGAAAGUCGCAUCUCACUCAAUGA